AUGCUGCUGGGAAUCGCGCGCUUCGUGUUCCUGGCGCUGACGGACGUGGCGAUGCUGCCGGCGCUGGUCGUAAUGAAGCGCAAUCGUCGACAUUUUGAGCUGUUUGUGGGCGUCUCACAGCUCUUGAUCUCCUUUUCCUUCAAUGCUGCCGAGGCGUUUGACACGCAGCUGUUCCUCAUGGAAGACGAUUGGCACUUUCUAUCGGACGUGGUGUCCAUCGCGUAUUUUCUGCUGCUCUGCGUACACCUGAUGGGGUACAAGGAUGAGAACCGGAACAUCGUUCUGCGCUACGUGGCAUUUGCUGGCUCGCUGCUCUUCAAGACCAAGGACCGAUGGGACUCGACGUUCUACGAAGGGAUGCUCGUGGCUUGCUACCUGCUGGGAGUUGUCUACCGUCGAGUGUUUACCGUGAGCAAUGACAUUUCUCCACUGAACAAGCAGAACGCAGCGUACGGACUAUACAGCCUUGCUGCAGCGGCAGUUGCGGCGAUCGCUGCGUUCUACUUUGAGGACGAAGACACGGCGGUGGGGGUCGCCAAGGGCAUGAUGCAUAUGCUGGCUGGUUCUGCGUUCUACUAUGCGUGGCUCUCUGUGCCUUGCAUGGACUCGAAGAAAGAUGACAUCAUUCCGACGCACAGCUUGUACGUGUAG